CCUUUCAGCCAGACGUUCAGUGCACGAUGUCUGCUGCUGUCCAGAGAUGCCAGUAGUGACGGGUCAGUAGAGAGCGAGCCAUAGAUAUGAGGCGUUGUGCACGCCCACAUCGCCCACAUCCACACUCGCUCCAUCUUGUCCCAUUGUCUCUGCUCGUCGCCUCAUCCAGAUGUCUCCCGCACCAGCAUACAACAAUCGUAUCUCCUGGCGCGUUGGCGACGAUGGCGACGUCGACGCCUACCGCGAGAGCAUAGCACUACCGAAAAAGAAAAAACAAGGCUUCGUAGCCAAAGUACGAUCCACAUUCACUGCCACGGAUGGAUCCCUUCGACCAUUUCGACUCCUGAAAAGAGACGUGGGAAAGCUCAUCAAGCGCUAUCGUUCAGACUGGACAACGUUCAGCCAGGUCAUUAUUGCAAGUGCCAUAUUUGUCUUCUUCACCAAUCUUCUGCCUGGUAUCACCUUUGCAAGCGAUCUAUAUGCCUCUACGGGUCAGAACUGGGGCACCAUCGAGAUUGUAUUCAGCACCGGUCUCUGCAAUGUCAUCUUUUCAUUCUUUUCCCUCCAGCCCUUGACCAUACUCGGUGUCACGGGACCGUUUUCCGUCAUUGCAGAAAAUCUCUACACCAUGAUAACCGACUCCAUGGGCGUCCCGUUCCUUCCCUUCAUGGCAUGGACAUUGAUCCACACCUGUUGGAUGCUAUGGUGUCUCGCAAUCUUCAACGCCCACGAAUGGACCAUGCUUUAUGUCACCGAUUUCACCUGCGAGAUUUUCGGCCUCCUGACAUCGAUCAUAUACUUCAGCAAAGCAUUCCAAGAGUUCCGAAGGGGCCACACCGAUAUGCCUCUCGAUGCUUUUCUCUACUCCGUGAUCGAUGGCGUAGGUACCUUUCUUCUGGCGCUCUUACUCUCCUCCGCGGAGAAGUGGGCGCCUCUCUUUCCGAGACACGUCCGGUCUUUUCUUCGACAGUACGCGACUGCGAUCGCAGUCAUCUUUUUCGUCGGCAUCGGCUACCUGGGCGACGUCGAAGCCCUGGAGAAGGGCAGACUGUCCACCAGCAGUGAGCGAUUUGCACCCUCCUCGCCCGAACGUUCCACCUUCUUUGUCCAAUUCUGGGAUCUCCCUGCAGGCUACAUCGCAGUCUCGAUGCUCUCCGGCGCCAUCGUCACCAUCCUCUUCUUCUUCGACCACGAAAUCAGCACCAUCAUGUGCACCGCCCAACGCUUCCGCACGCGCAAACCCAGCGGCUUCGCAUUAGAAAUCAUGCUCCUCGGCCUCACCACCGCCAUCUGCGGCAUCCUAGGCAUCCCACCCGCCAACGGCCUCCUCCCCCAAGCACCUCUCCACUCCGAAAGUCUGAUGCACACUUUCGCCGACGACGAGAAAGAGGAGAUUAUGCUGCCUGUCAACGAGCAGGGCGAAAAGAAAAUCAUUUACCAACCCCUACCCCGCGUCUGCGAACAACGCUGGUCCCGAUUCCUACACGCAGGAGCAAUUCUCGCCUGCAUGUCUCCACCGCUCCAACGUGUGUUGGGCUAUACACCCACCAGCGUCCUCGCCGGUCUGUUUAUUUUCAUGGGUUACCAAAAUCUUUCUACAAACCCUAUACUGAAACGAUUUUUUUGGAUUCUCACUCCGUCUUCGCAACUCCCUUCUCUAUCCCUACCGCACCAACAACAACCGCAACAACCACAAAUACAAGUAGUACAGCCCCAGCCAGAAGUGUGCCAACCACCACCAGCAGACUGCAUCCCCCCCACAAACACCACCACCAACCCAAAUCCAUGCGGACGUGGAUACUGGUCCAUACACACCUACACCCUCUUACAAAUCACCAUUGCAAUCAUCGCAUUCGCCAUCUCCCUGACGUCGGCCGGUCCGGCGUUUCCUUUACUGGUGGUGGCAUGUGUGCCGAUGCGAUUGCUCGUGGUGCGAAGGAUUUGGAGUCGACAGACGCUGCGCAUCGUGGAUCGAUGGUCGUGUCGAGAGGGUUCACCCGAAGAUGACGAAGAUGCCAUGCGGGGAGAGGCUGCUCUGCUCGCGGGCGAAGGGCUGAAUACCAGUCGGGUGGAGACGGGGUACUACAAUGCUCCUCCGUUGCUGAGCGGAGAGAAUGUAUGA